AGGACUUCGGAAGACGCUGUAAAGGGUAAAGUCCCGGGGAGGCGGAAGGCAGAAGGCGGUGUUGUCGCUCGGGUUGCAUCAGCCCGGUUCCCGAAGCUCCACGUCUGCGCUCGCCGCGACCAAUCGCCGUCAGCCACACUCGGGUUUGACAGCUGACAGCGCACAGCCCGGCCGGACCGCGCCAGCAAAGUUGCGCGGAGACGGAGCAUCGAGAGCGAGUUAGCGGCGUCGAGGAGCACCGAAUCUCGGGCGAUGGGCAGCGGCGACGAAAUGGUGACUCUGGUCGUUAAAGUGCCCGACCAAACGUACGGCGACCAGAAGCUGUUGGUGGAGCUGGGCUGGACGGUGCAACGGCUGAAAAGCUUCCUCAGCGAGAAGUACCCGAGCCACCCAGCACAAUCAGAGCAAAAGCUGAUUUAUUCAGGGAAGUUGCUGCCUGAUCACCUCUUGCUGAGGGAUAUCCUGAGAAAGUCUGACCAGUACCACACCAUUCACUUGGUCUGUAAUGUUAGGAAUGGAACGAAGUCUAGACAAGAGCCAAUUGUGAAGGAGCAACCAGAUACACCUGCUGCUUCUGGCCAGGAGAGCCUCACUGUCCCAACAUUGGUAACAGCAGAUGGUCUCCGUCGCAGAGCACCCAACACAUUCCCGUGGGCCUAUGGUGCCUGGCCUCCAAGGGAAGAUCUCCAGAGCCCAGAGGGGAUGUCUGGUCUAGCCGCAUACAACCUGUACAGCUCUCAGCAAAUCCUCUGGUUCCAGCAGAUGUAUGCACGGCAAUAUUACAUGCAAUAUCAGGCUGCAGUCGCCGCUGCUGCGGCUGCCACCAACUCCCAGCAUCAACCCGUGGUCACGCCCGGGACUCCAGCCGCGCUGCCCAACCAGCCGCCUCUCGUCAACCUCCCUGCUGAUCAGAACGCUCCUCUACCUCAACUCAACAACCCUCCGGCCAACCAGAACCUGCGGAUGAACGCCCAGGGAGGCCCCGUGGUGGACGAUGAUGACGACUUGAACCGCGAUUGGUUGGACUGGCUCUACCUGGCUGCCCGCGCCUGUUUCUUCCUGAGCAUAGUUUACUUCUAUUCGUCGCUGAGUCGUGUGGUGUUGGUGGCCAGCGCCAUGCUGCUGAUGUACCUACAUCACGCUGGUUGGUUUCCAUUCAGACAUCCAGCGCCGGUGCCAAAUGCCAAUGUGCCUUUGCAGGAAGCCUAUCCAAAUCACGGAAACCAGGAACCCCAACAGGAUCAAGAAGAUCAGGAUGAUGUGCAAGACCAGAAUGUGGCACUGGAUCAAGAUCGUGAAAGAGUGAAUAAUUCUGGAAGUGAUGAUGUCAGGGACGCUACCCUGGCCCCUGAAGCUGAGGUGAACAGGACGACAUUUGUAAAUAAAGCCUGGGUAUUCUUCAAAACCUUCUUUGCCUCUUUGAUUCCAGACGGUCCCCAAGUUGCAGCAAACUGAGUUUAAGUACAUGCAGAACUGCAGAACAAUGAAACCAGUGCAAUCCUUGUUCCAGGGCUUUCGGGCAGUGUGCAAAUGAGGCCAGACUGUUGACUGAAUUUAUGAAUGUGAUUCCAAAUGGAAUGUGGAACUGUGUGUUAUACGAGGCUACAAGUGUAAACUCUGUAAAUUAUUAUGAGGUGCAAUUUAGACUCUUGCCUAUCUGAAGCUGUAAAUCAAAUCUUGAAAUGAUUCUGUGUCGUGACUGUUUAUAGUGACAUCCUUUUCAUUAACAGCUGUGAGCAGAAGCAAUUUUAACCUUGCCAACUUCACGCUGUUGAAAGUGCAUAUUUGCUUUUGGGCAAGUUUAUUUUUAAAUAGCCUUUGAAACUUUCUGUUGAUACAUAUGCAAAAAGGUAAAUCAUUUUUGCCUAGCAAUACAAAAAAAAAGCACAAUAAAAGGUUUGGAUACAUGA